UCUUGAUAGUGUAAUAUCGUAAUACCCUUGUCAUAUUGAUUUCCUUUGCUAUUGCUAUACUUAAACAACAAAACUGACUUUCUGGCAUUUUGAGGUCAUAAUUCUACAAGGCCGCAAGCUUAUAUGGAAUAAUUAAUUAAUAAUUAUUUUUAAAAGUCCUGUUAAACAGCUGGCAACUUUCGAUAUCAUGUUAUGAGCUACAAAUUGGGUAUUUUAAAUAAAUAAAGAAUUAAAUGUUUUGUGAAAGUGGCAGUAGGAUAUCAACCUGCUUUUGUGACAAAAAAAAUUAUCCUAUUAUCUAAAAAUCUUAUGACGUCAGUACCAGACCCAUGCCCAUAUAGGUACUAUUAAAUAUUUGUUAUAUUGACCCAUUGCAUAUGCAUUAAUAGUACCGCAAUUAUUUAUAGAUAUAAAAAUCCACUUAUCAAAACUCCCACCGCCGCUUAAAAACAGGCAAAUUAAAUUAAUUCUAGUAGGUACUUUAUUGUCAGUUUGGCUUAUAAUAUGCCAACAGAUAACAAGCGAGACCAGUUGAAAAGUAGGUACCCGUCUUUAUAUGCGGUACCGCAAAUGAAAAUUCUCGUCGUCGGGGAAAAAGUAAAAGUAAAUUUUGUUGAUUGUUGACCAGUUUCUUGACCGCACAAACCCUAUGGGUUUACCUUCAAUUAAAGUAAAUCAGGAAGUAAUUUUUUUGAAAUAAUUGUUUCGUGGGUUUAAUUCUUGGUGCGAUGGCGUGUGAAAAGGGAUUUAUCAAUGUAAUAAUGCUGGGACUUGCGUUUAUGUUGGUCUUUACUGCUUUCCAAACUUGGGGCAAUAUACAGAAAACCAUCAUCGAAAGCAUCAAAAAAGACAAUGAUUCAUUCGAAAACGCUGACGCCUACUACAGCUUGGCCAUCAUCUACAUUUUCAUGGCCGUAUUCAACUGGACAUCUCCAUCAGUUAUCAGCGUUAUUGGAGCCAAAUUUGCCAUGCUUGCAGGAGGAAUAACUUAUUUAUUAUUUAUCAUGUCUUUCUCUAUACCUCAUACAUGGUUGCUUUAUUUAGCCAGCGCCAUUAUAGGCAUAGGAGCAGCUCUUAUAUGGACAGGACAAGGCAAUUAUUUGGCUCUAAGUUCUACGCAAGCAACUAUAUCUAGAAAUUCUGGAGUGUUUUGGGCUAUGCUUCAAAUGAGUAUGUUUGUUGGCAACACUUUUGUCUACUUUGUAUUUCGUGGAAAAGAUACUGUGGACAGUACCACAAGACAAAUAGUUGUCUGGGUACUAUCAGCUAUAGCCCUAGCCGGUUUAGUUGUGAUGGUUUUCUUUCCGAAACCACCAAAAAAAGAAGAGGAUGCUGAUACUGAACACAUUCCAGCACCUUCAGGGCCUGUUGCAGCACUUAAAGGGGCCGUUCGGUUAUUUUUCACCAAAAACAUGCUACUUUUGAGUGUUACAUCUUUAUAUACUGGAUUGGAAUUAGGCUUUUGGAGUGGUGUUUAUAGUUCCUGCAUUGGUUUCACUGAAAAUUUGCCCAAUAGAAAACAACUUGUAGGGCUAUCAGGCAUUUUUAUUGGUAUUGGAGAAGUGUUAGGUGGUGCCUUCUUUGGUAUUUUUGGCUCCCGUACAAUUAAAUGGGGCAGAGACCCAAUUGUAAUAGCAGGAUUUAUCAUGCACAUAAUAAGUUUUUUUGUAAUAUUUCUAAAUCUACCCAACAAUUCGCCAUUCACAGACACUCCGGAUGAAGCAUUUAUUACAAGCAAUGCAUAUUUGGCCAUUAUGUGCUCGUUUUUACUUGGUUUAGGCGAUGCUUGUUACAACACGCAGAUUUAUUCGAUUCUAGGGGGCGUUUACGCUGACGACAGUGCUGCUGCUUUUGCCAUAUUCAAAUUUACGCAGUCGGUUGCAGCUGCGAUAAGUUUCGUUUACGCAUCGUCUUUGGUACUUUACGGGCAACUAGGGAUUUUGGUGGGUUUUGCCAUUUUGGGUACCGGCAGUUUUGUAUGGGUCGAAUGGCGUGCGAAAAAAGUAGUUGUGGCAGCAGACUCUAGCUAAACAUGUUUAUGAAUGAGAAUGUUGAUAAUUAUAUUGCAAUAUAUGGGCUGUGCUCAUUUAAUAAAAGUACCUAAAGUUACCGGAACGGUAGUGAUAAUAAUAUGAAACUUGUUUUUAUGUCUGGACAAAUAUACUUUUUUAUUUUUUAUUCCAAGGUUUUCCUGUAAGAAGCCAUAACUUGUUAUAAAUGUAUAUUAAAUUUUUAAUAAGAUUGUUAAGACUGAGAAUAAACUUUUUAUACAUACAACAAUUAUUGU